CCAAUAAUCACCCCACCCCCAAAGAGUGGAGAGCCUUAAAGCAACGCCCUGACUCACUCUCACACUCCCUCCCAGUUCUGCCCAGCCCUUUCAUCCCAGCUGCCCCUAUGCUCAAAAUUCUGUCUUCUUUACUGGAUCACCUAGUCCAGCGCUUGGGCUAGGCCCCUCUCCUUGUUUUUGUUUCUUACCGAGCCUGCCAGUCUACUCCUUCCCAAAAGCAGCUUUAUGACUAUCUUUUGCUUCCCUCAUGCCUAAUCAGGGAAAUCAUGCUGAUUUUGCAAGAAGUCAAAGUUUCCAUUGCACAUGUUCAUUUCAAAAUAAAACCAGUUUCCUCUCCAGAUUGGGCAAAAAGGGGAUGGGUAUAUUUGGAGAGAGGGGAAGCGGAAUGGAAGUGUGUGUUUAGUGGAAAAAGAACUUCGUAAUCUCUGCUGGACCUGGUGGAGAAACACUUGAAAUGACCAUAGAGCUAUCCUGGAUCUAUGAGAUAGAAGGGGAAGCCCUACUCCCCCUUUGGAUGAAGUGGGGGGUAGGCAUUAACCUCAUUGUGGCUACUAGGUUAUUUUGUGAUAGAGAAGGAAGUCCUUGGUUCAAAUUUGGCCUCAGGUACUUCCUAGUUGUAUGACCCUGGACAAAUCACUUAACCCUAAUUCUUUAGCCCUUAUCAGUCUUUUGCCUUGGAACUAUUACUUAUUUUCAAUUCUAAGACAGAAGGUAAAGUUUUCUUUAAAAGAAAGGAAAAAAUUAACUUAAUUAAGCUACAAUACCACCUCUCUACCUCCCUCCAUAAACAUCGCCAUCACUAAAGCCAACUCCCUUCUCUCUAACCCCAACAUUAGGCAAGCCAGGAUACAAAUAAACUUUAAAGAUAAACACUGGACUAAAUAUAGAAAGCCUUUUCAAUAUGGAAUUUGCAGCAUUCUAAAGAUCCUUCAAUAGCCAGAGGAAUCGAAUUGGCCCCAACAUAGUAGAUGGAUAAAAGUGGGGAUUGGGAAAGUGAGAUUCAAGUAUUGGUCUGACCUGAGAAUCCCACCCUCCCCAUCCUUACUCCCUUUACAACCCAGAAAACCAAAGCCAAAAGGAAAAGCACUAAGCCUAUUUCUUCUUGUCUCUGAAGUAUUAUCCUUGCUCUGCGUAUAAACAUUUCUAGCUCAAUAUGCCUAAAAUCAAGCUCAUUGUUCAGUCAUGUCCACCUCUUCAUGGCACCCUUUGGGAUUUUCUUGGCAAAGAUACUGGAGUGAUUUGCCAUUUUCUUCUCCAACUAAUUUUAUAGAUGAGGGAACUGAGGCAAAUAGGGUCAAGUGACUUGGGGUCACAUAGGUAGUAAAAGUUGGAGACUGGGUAGGAACUCGGGUUUUCCUGGCUCUAGACCCAGUACUUUAUCCACUGUGCCACUUAGUUGCCCUGAAGAUAAAUUCAUUAUCUUUCCCCUACAAAACCCUCCUCUAAUUCCCUAUGAUUAUGGAGAGCAACAAUUUGGAGGAAUGUGGGUAUUCUAGAACUAAGCACCUCAGAUGUGAGGGCUUGCCAAGCCCUUUUCAGGGCUGCUUAUCCAGCAUCAAAAUGUCCAUCUGGCACUCAAGUCUCACCUUUGACUCCAUGAAGCUAUAGCAUAUGAAGCAGUCAGCCAGGUAGAGGGUAACAGAUGGGCUGCAAAUCCAAUGGUAAGUUAGGGGAUGUCCACCCCAAGCAUGUGAAUACUUUACAUGGAAGACUGGCCAAACGAAAACAGCUUGUUCCAACAAGCUACUAAGGCAGCUGAAGCUGGUACUGUAGAGCACUUAGAACUUGGUCAGACAUCAAAGAUGCCAAGAUCAUCCACUGCAUCCUGGGCUGUUGCCAGCUGUACAGACUUUUGUGUUGCCACUGAACUUUGAUGACUGAAAAAGAGUGAAGCUAAUGACUUUGUGUAACUCUGCCUCACUUAAAUCCAGUUCAUGCUCAAGUCAAGAUAUAAUUCAUCAUAAUAUAAUUGGUCCUCUGAAAAUAAAGGACAAAAUGCCACAAAAUCAAGAGAAAAAAGUAUCCAAGUAAAAUGAAUCCAAAGGAAACUCAAAAGGAGAUGUUUAUAUUAGCACACAUAAAAUUUAGUUUUGCACAAAAUGUUUUCGCAUUCGUUUAAGAGUUAUUUUAUUUUAUUUUUGGUGGUAGUAAUGGUUGCUAAGUAAAAAUUUUUAUAAACUGAAAAGAAAAUAAAAGACAAACAACAAUGAGAGCAACACCAUACUCCUAAUCGGUUAGGCUCAAACCUAGGUGUCACCAUCUACUCAUAUCUCUCACAUACACAUAUCUAAUCUGUUGUCAAGACCUGUCAAUUUCACCUUUGCAAAAAAAAUGGAGGGGAUUUGAGUUAUUAGAUAUUAUUAAUCAAUUAGCAUUUAUUCCAUACUUAUGUGUCAAACACUGUACUAGGCAAGGGGGAUACAGAGACAAAAGACAGUCUCUUCCCAAAUGAGACAGAGAACACAGAAUAAGUGUAUACAAAACAGGCCUAAAAAAACCCUAGGGCAUUACAGGGAAAGGAACUAGGAAAACCUUCAUGAUUAAAGAAAGAGGAAAGAGACACAUAUGAACAAACAUUCAUAGCAGCUCUUUUUGUAGUGUCAAAGAACUAGAAACCAAGAAAGUUGUAGAAAUGUCUGAAAAAAUUAAGAUAUAUAAAUGUAAUGGAAUAUAAUUGUGCCAUAAGAAAUUACCGAAGAAACCUUUUCAGAGAAACCUGGAAGCAGUCUAUAAACGGAUGCUGAGCAAAUGAUUAGAAUCAGGAGGAUAAUCUGUAUAUUUAUAUGUACAUACAUAGUAUUUAUCUGUAACCUAGGUUAAAGUCUGGAUUGUUUGCAUAACACUUCUUACUGGUACAGAGGCUACUAAUUGAAACCUGAACCAAGGACCCAAGAGAGGGGCACUUAGCGUAAAAGCUUGGGAGAAAAGAGGUUCUCUUUUUUAGUUUUAAGGACAGAGUUUUAAGGACAUUAUUCCUGACUCCUUGAGGAGAAAUAUGAAAAGAGAAUGAGCUUUCAAAGACAGGUGCAUAGAAGAAAGCUGACCUUCCAAAAUAUCCCUAAUUUCUAGAUUGCCUCCCUAAAGAUUUUGGGAAGUCCCCCCUUGGGUGAGAUCAAACACUCCCUUGGUUGAAUUAAAAGAGCUCCACUCCCAGUGAUUGUAUUAAGAUACCUCUACUCAUUGACUCUGUAUUGUCUGGUAUAUUUUAAUCUAUAUAACUUUUUUUUAUCUCAUGGAUUUAUUGAAUAUUCAUUCUUUGUGGUGAUUUUAUGUAUAACAACAUAAGUGAGUGAAAAGCAGUCAAGUCCUGGGAAGUAAGCCUGGGAUACUCUUUCCCCUUAAGGGAUAGCAACCAGGGAAGUAGCUUGAACCUAAAAAUCCUUUCCCCUAGAAAUAUUUAGGGUAUAGGCAAAUAGAUAUAAUUCUAGUAUGGAACCUCUUUUUUGAAGAGAACAGAAUAGCUGACCUAGUGACCCCAAUUCACUGCUCCCCUCCAGGCAAGAAUCAAAGGCUCUCUCUUAAAGAUGAAGGUUUAGAUUUCAAAGAGAGUUUUUCUUGUCCCCUAGAAAGCCACAUUAAGACAACUAAAGUUGACAUACAGAACCUACAUACACAACACACAUAUGCCCUACAUAUCCAAUAACAACAACACUAAAAACAAACAACUAUGAAGGACUUAAGAAAUUCUGAUAAAUACAAUAAAAAUGAUGGUCCCAGAGGACCAGGUAUAAACAAUGCUACCUAUAUCCUGGUAGAAAGAGGAAAUGCUCAAGAUGUAGAAUGAAACAUAUAUAUAUACAUAUUUUUUUGAGAUGGCCAACAUAGGGAUUAGUUUUGCUUGACUAUAUGUAUUCAUUACAACUGUUGUCUUUUUAUUUUAGUUGGGGUGGCAGAAAAUAAAGUUGUCUUCAUGAAAAUUUUUUUUAAUUUUAAAAAGAACUGUCAUGCAGAAGGUGGCAAUCGAUUUUGAUCUAGCCAUAGCACUGCUAGGUUUCAUAAUAAGGAAAUAAGAGAUAAUAAGAAAAGAGACUUGUACAAAAAUAUUCAUAGCUGAGCUCUUUGUGGUGGCAAAAAAUUGGAAAAUAUGGGUAUACACCCCAUUGGGGAAUGGCUGAACAAAUUGUGGUAUAUGUUGGUGAUGGAAUACUAUUGUGCCCAAAGGAAUAAUGAGCUAGAAGAAUUCCACACAAACUGGAAUGACCUCCAGGAAUUGAUGCAGAGUGAAAGGAGCAGAAACGGGAGAACAUUAUACACAGAGACUGAUACACUGUGGUACAAUAGAAUGUAAUGGACUUCUCUACUAGCAGCAAUGCAAUGAUCUAAGACAAUUCUGAGGGACUUAUGAGAAAGAAUACUAUCCAUACCCAGAGAAAGAACUGCAGGAAUAGAAACACAGAAGAAGAACAACUGCUUUGAUCACAUGGAUUGAUGGGGACAUAAUUGGGGCUGUAGACUCUAAAUGAUCACCCUAGUGCAAAUAUCAAUAAUAUGGAAAUAGGUCUUGAUCAAUGACACAUGUAAAAACCCAGUGGAGCUGCACAUUGGCUACAGGAGCGGGGUAGAAGGAGGGGAGGGAAAGUACAUGAAUCUUGUAACCAUGGAAAAAUAUUCUAAAUCAAUUAAUUAAAUAAAAUCCUCCUCCCCCCCAAUGAAAAAGAAGAAGAAGGUGGCAAUCAAGUUUAACCUUGAAGGAAAGCAGGGAGGUUGGGAUGAGAAUGGACUGAAUUUUAGGCAAAAGAUAAAGACUGCAAGAUGGAAUGUCAUCACUGAGGAACAACAAGCAGGCCAGUUUCACUGGACUCUAGAGUUCAUGGGAAAGGAGUAAAAUACAUAAGAAUAAAAUGGGAAGUUGGGGUUAGUUUGUGAAUAGUUUUAAAAUGCCAAACAAGAAUUUCUAUGUAAUCCUAGAGGUUAUAGGGAACCAUUAGAAUUGACUGAAUUGAGGUAGUGUGAUAUUAUCACAUCUGUACUUUAAGAAAAAGACUUUGGCUGCUAUAUGGAAGAUAGGCUGAAAUGGAGUGAGAUUUGAGGAGAAGAGAACAAUUAGGAGGCAAUUAUAAUAGCCUAAGAAAGAGGUGAAAUUCCUAAUUAGGAUGGUAGCUAUGUAAAUUAAGAGAAAGGGUCAGGGACAAGAUUUUGCAGAUUGGCAACUGGUUGGGUCUGUGAUAUGAGUGAGAGGGGAUUUGAGAAUGUUUCUCAGAUUAUGAACCCAUGUGACUGAAAAGUCAUUUUGUCAGAAAUAAAGUCUGAAAGAGAAGUCUGAGGGACAAAAUGAGUUCAGUUUUGCACAGGUUGAAUAUGAGAUGUCUAUAGGACAUUCAGUUCUAAAUAUCUAAGAGGCAGUUCAUGAUAUAGUACUGGAGCUUAGGUGAGAGACUAGAGAUAUAUAUCUACAUGUAGAUAUAAAUAGAUAUGCUUUACUUAUAUACAAACAUUCUAUUGAUAGUUUUAAUAUAAUAUAGUAACAUAAUGUUUAGAUGUAUAUAUAUAUACAUAUGCUGUAUGUAUUAUUAUAUUAUCUAAGAACCAUCUGCAUAGAGGACUGAUAAUAAUGAUGAGGUCACCAAGAAAAUAUAGAAAGCUGAGAAAAAGACCUAGGACACACUGACAUUAUGUAAAUGAUAAAUCACCAGAAGAGAUCUAAGAAGUGGUUAGAUAAAUAGGAAGAGAGCUGAGAGUAGAAUCCUGAAAAUCCAGAAAGAUGCUAUCUAAGAGGACAGAGUGGUCAAGAAAAUUAUCUCAUUUACAUAUUAAUUUAUUAUUAAAGAGACUAUUGCUCUGGAAGGUGAGCAGUACAAGUAUUAUCCCCAUUUUAUAAAUGAGAAGACCAAGGUUUUGAGAUGAGUAAUUUAUCUACUUGCCCAAGGUAAAAAAGCUAAUGAGUGAUGGAGUAAGGACUGGAACUCAGGCCUCCUGACUUUAAUAUUUUUUCCACUACAUAAUCCAUCUCUUCCUCCUAAUAUUCAUCUGUACUCUUACUCAAUCCAUCUCUGAAUGCUAGAGGAUAAGGGAUUUGACCCUAUAGUUGUUGCCACCUUUUAUGAACCAAUGAGUUCAUAUCAUGCAACAGAGACUCCCAAGUAUUUUUGUCCCUGGAAUCUUAUUUUACUAGGAAGAACCCCAAGGACCAAAGAUUUCCUAAUCAGUGACAAGCUUUGGUCUCUUGCCUCCAUGUCAUACUUAUAAAUAGAUUCCCAAAGUGCUUGUCUUCUCAGCCAGUGGAUAGAUGGAGAGCUAUUGUGACAUGGAGAUGAAGGUGAGGAGUCAGUCACUUGUGAAGUAGAUUAACUUGAAGUAGAUUAAUUUAUUAAUCAGAAACUGGAAUUCCCAUGAGAAAGUCAGGUAACCUGUGAGAAAACUCAGAAGCUGGAAUCCAAAAUGACUUAUGGUUAAAUGUAUGUGAGGAAAUGACUCCAUGAUAACAAAUGGAGAGCCAAAUACAGUAUAAGGCUUUAGCCUUUAAUAACAAUGAACUAUACUGAAUAUUCUGCACAUAAUGCCAAUGGCACAUCUGCUUCUGUGAGAUAAGGCUUACUUGCUUUUGCCUAGAGAAUCCCAUAAGGAAAUAUACCAUUAAACCCUAUAAGGAAAAGUAUGCAUGGUAUUGUUUAAGCCCAUCCAUUUCCUGCACCUCUGUAACCCCAUAAAAACUGCCUGCAACUUCAAUUCAGUGCAUCUUUCAACAGGAAUGAUUGUCCUGGCCAGUACAUUAAUUUAUUAAUCAAUAUAUUAAUUUAUUAAUAAAUACCAGUUUCACUAAAUUGAACUUCUGGGUGUCUGAACUCAAUAUAUGAAUUGCCCCUCUUCACUUGGAAGAAGGUUGGACACUUCAGUCCCAGUGGAAAGCUUCAGGUAAUGCUGCGCCAUCUGUGCUUCUGGCCUCUGGUGCCUGCUAGAAUCCCCAAAUUGAUAAGGAGACUGCAUCCACGGCGUUCUGGAUCCCACAGUCAUGACCUCAGAAAAGUCAGGUCUCCCGGACUCCGUUCCUCAUACUUCUCCUCCCCCUUACAAUGCCCCACAGCCGCCAGCUGACCCCCCUGCCCCACCUCCUCAGGCACCCUCCACCUCCCAUCACCACCAUCACCACCACUAUCACCAGUCUGGCACCGCCACACUCCCAAGAUUAGGCGCUGGUGGGCUGGCUUCCCCAGCAGCCCCUGCCCAGCGGGGCCCUUCGUCCUCAGCUACGUUACCCCGUCCUCCCCACCACGCCCCCCCUGGACCUGCCCCCGGGGCUCCCCCUCCCGGGUGUGCUACCCUGCCCCGCCUGCCCCCAGACCCCUAUCUCCAGGAGACCCGCUUUGAGGGUCCGCUGCCCCCACCCCCUCCGGCCGCUGCCGCCCCGCCCCCACCUGCGCCUGCUCCUCCCGCUCCUGCACAGGGCUUUGUGGUGCCCACACACCCAGGUACCGUGGGUACGCUGCCCCUUGGAGGCUACGUGGCCCCUGGGUAUCCCCUGCAGCUGCAGCCCUGCACCGCCUAUCUGCCCGUCUACCCCGUGGGCGCCCCAUACACAGGAGGAGCGCCGGGAGGGACAGCAGUGACUCCUACGCUUUCCCCUCCACCCUUGGGACCAGGUCUAGCCCUUUUAGAGCCCAGGCGCCCGCCCCACGACUACCUGCCAAUAGCCGUGCUCACUACAAUUUGUUGCUUUUGGCCGACCGGCAUCAUUGCAAUCUUCAAGGCGGUGCAGGUGCGGACCGCUCUGGCCCGUGGAGACAUGGUGUCAGCAGAGAUCGCAUCUCGGGAGGCUCGGAAUUUCUCCUUCAUCUCCCUGGCCGUGGGCAUCGCAGCCAUGGUGCUCUGUACUAUUCUUACAGUGGUGAUCAUCAUAGCUGCGCAGCAUCACGACACUGACUGGGAUCCUUAGGGAUUUUUCUCCUCCUCCAGCCUGGAGACUCCCUUCCCCAAGUGAUGAUCCCCUAAUCCUACCUCCCACCCCCAAAUACUCAUCAACCUAUGGGGACUCCAAAGCUGGAAACAAUCCUAAACCUGGCCACAAUGUUUUCCACCAAAGGAAAUUCCAAAACUAGAUCCCCAGGAAUUUCCUAAAUAUGGCCCUUGGGAUAGCUCCAAAACCCAGUUCCCUUGAGCCUCAUAACCCCCAUGGUCAAAUACCGAAGCUUGCAACUCCCCAUUGGUUCAAAUUAUCAAGAACCACAGCCUCCCCAGGGUGAAGCACACAGACUUCCCUUGUCACUCCGGGUUAAUUUAAGCCUCAGAGCUCAGUCCCCAACAGGGUCUGUCCCCAACCCUGGCAAAGCUUCUCCUUUGGCUCCCAGUGUUGAACUCUACUUGCUUUUCAGAUCUCUCCCAACUUCUAGGGUGUGAUCUACCAAUUCUGAGUCUGCCUGUACAGCCCCAAGCUCCUGUGACAGCCUGGGAGGCCCUUUUCUCCUUCACGAUCCCAGUCUUUGGGUUGCCCUUUAUAUGUGGAUUUAGACUUUGGGGUUUCUGGCUCCUUGAACCUCCUCCACCCCACCCCAAGGAAUAAGUCCCCCUUAUCAUACCCCACCACCCAUUCUCCCCAGGCAGAGGAGCCAGAAAAUGAGAGAUAAAUCUUUGAACUUUACUCCCUUUCAGGCACCUAGGGCCACCCCCUUAUCCUCUGAGGACCCUGACUCUCUGGUCCUCAUCUUCCCACAACCUGCUCAGGCUGCUCCCUACCCUUCCCCAUACAGUGUUUGACAAACUGUACAGUUUCAAAGAUGGUGUGAUAUUCCCAAAGAUGAGAUUAAAGAGACCUUGUGAUUUUAUUGCCCCCAA